AGUGUGAUAGAUUUCAAAUCAUCAUGAGCAGCGAUGAAUGCAAUAGAGUCACUUAUUAUCACAUUACAGUGUUGACACUGGAAAACAGCAGGUAGAUCCUUGUUAGAUUGAUCAUGUUCCACAGUCUCAGGAUCAAGAGUGUAUUUUCCCGUCACAGACUCCAUUCUCGAAUUUGAGCUUUUUUGACUUUUCGCGGAUGUUUACAACUUUGUCUUCUUUCCAGUCUAAGGUUACAUUAUUAAUGUAAAUAACCAAAUUUGAGUAGGCCUAGAUCGAGUUUUUUCCGAGAUAUUUUAGUAAAGUUCAACUGACAUUAUUUUUUAUUAUAUCAACCAAGGUGUGUAUUUCUAAAGUUACAGGAUUGUAGCUGUAAGACCACUAUUUGAAAGAAUAAUGAAAAGUUCGAUUUAAUUUAUAGAUUCUCUCGUGAAGUUAUGGUCUGACUCAAGUCUAGCACACUACGAAUUUCUGCUACUCAGCAUUUAUGACACGUUCACGUCAAAAAUAGAAAUAUUUAGACUCCUAACUUACUAGUAGUGGAUCGUACUCCAAAUGUGUUCAUUUCCCCGUGGGAACUUUACUAAAUGGCUAAAUGGAGUAAUUUAAAUUAAACUUUUACCAGUCUUUGUACGCAGCAAUCUGGGCAAUAAUUGAAAGAUCUUUCUCGGCCGCGACUUCCGUCGGGAAACAAUAGACAUUGUCGCCUUAGGUUUCGGCGGAGAAUCUUGUCGUGUGCCGCUGGGAGUAGCCAGUAUCGGCAGAGGUUUCAUGAUGGGUGUGCCGCUUUAUAGACUAUCAUCGUUUGUCUUACAGGGAAAGUCUUCAUUUCUGUUACAGCCUCCCGUCUUCAAAUAUACAAGAUUUUUCUCUUUGUAUUCUGCACAUUCUUCUGCAAUUUGUUUGCCUUCCCAAAGUUGCCAAACACAUGGUCAUGGAAAAUGCCGAGAAGUUGAGAAGAGUGCACAGAUAAGGUGUGGGGUCAUUCCCAAGACCACGUCCAUGAUGAACCAAUGUAAAUUUUUACUUCAGAACCAGCUUGUGUGCUAUUAUUCAAAGAAGUCGAAAUCAAAACAGAAAAUUUUAAGAGCUGAUGGCACAGAUGAUGAAAGUGAUUUGGACGAAGAGAAUGGCUACAAAUCUGAUUCUGAAGAUGAAGACGAGAUUGAAGAUGGUAGUAAGAAAGAUUGGAAAGAUCUAAAAAUUAAUGUACCAUCUCGGAGGAUAGAUGCUGUUUUGAGUGCUGGGCUCGGAGUAUCCAGGAAGAAAAUUGAGGAAGCAUUCCUGAAUGCAAAACUGCUGCACAAUGGCAAGAAGGUGAUGAAAAAGAGUCGACAGGUACAAGAAGGAGAUGUGUUGGAUGUUGUGAAGGAAGACCGCAUCACCAACAAGGAAGGAAACCAAGUGUCACUUGUCAUGAGGGUGGAGAUGAAGAAAAUCAAGGAGGAAAAAACGUCAACGGACAGGACGCCUGUCAAGCUCCGGAGAUGGAAACAUCUAGAACUCCCAAGGGAGAAGUGAUGUACCAUUAUUCCUUAUUCAAACAGUAAAAAAAAAUAUGUCGAAAUCACUGUUAAGAGAGAAUUCAUGCAUCUUUUUCUUAUUUUUCGAGUUGUAUGUAGCCUUAAGUUUUGUAUCUAAUCAAGAUUGCAGAAUAUGAAACAUUUUGUUUUUACUUCAGAAAGUAGUCUGUCAUCUUUGUACCCUUUUUAAUAUAUUCUCAGCAAAUUCAGUGACAAAAUUUCAUGCACUGAUAUGAUUAGCCAGAAAAGUGUCAGAGGUUAACAUUAUUUACAUAUUUCUCUUGCACCACUUUUCAGGAAUGUAGUAGGUUGAGGGAAAGGAUUUUUAAAUGUUUUCAAAUUAAUUUCAUGCAGGAAAGUACAUUAUGAAUUGAAAUCAUGAAUGACUUGUUUUCUUCAUUUAUUAUAAGUAGUAGUAAUAUAAGUUUUUUUUUUUGGGGGGGGGGGGAGUUCACCCCUAUGUACUCUGAAUGUGCUUUAUUUGAGUUAUAUUUGUUUUAAUUGAUUAAAUUGAUCUAGAUUUCUCUCUAUAAAAGCAUUUUAUUUCAUUUUUCUCUUGUACAUGUAAACACUUAAGAAAUCCAUACACUUUUAGAUUAUCUACAUUAAAGGGCAAGUCCACCCCAGAAAAAACUUGAUUUGAAUUUUUUAAAGAAAAAUCAAACAACAAUAACGCUGAAAAUUUCAUCAAAAUCGGAUGUAAAAUAAGAAAGUUAUGACAUUUCAAACUUUGGCUUAUUUUUCACAUAACAGUUCUAUGCUCAAGUCAGUGAUAUGCAAAUGAGAGAGUCGAUGAUGUCACUCACUAUUUCUUUUGUUUUUAUUGUUUGAAUCAUACAAUAUUUCAAUUCUUAGAUUUGACAAUUUGGGCCCUCUUGUUUGAACCACAAAAUGUUAAAACAAUCGAAUUCCACAUGUUCAGGGGGAAUGAAACUUUAGGAUAUUUCAUAUAAUAAAAUACAAAAGAAAUAGUGAGUGGGUGAUGUCAUCGGUCCCCUCAUUUGCAUACUGACCAGGAUGUGCAUAUAACUGUUUUGUGAAAUUUAACGAAACUUAAAAAUAGAAAGUCAAAAGGGGCCUAAGCUUUUGAUCCUAGCAGAAUCUUCGUCAGAGGGAAACUUUAAAAUGUCAUAACUUUCUUAUUUUACAUCCAAUUUUGAUGAAAUUUUCAGUGUUAUGCUUGUUUGAAUUAUCUUUUUCUAUUCAAAUCAUCUUUUUGUUGGGUUGGACUUGUCCUUUAAUGGCAGGAUUCCUGAAAAAAAAACAGACAAGAAAAAAAAAGAAAAAAAAAACCCACUGUACAUAUUUUACUAUUAUGAGAGUGGAGAAAAUAUGAAAAAAAGUGAAAGUUUGAAAGAAAUAGGUCAAGAGAUGAGAAAGUUAUGGCUGUUUUAAAGUUGAGAUCCCUAAGACUGUCAAAUUGGCAACUUGGUAAUUAAUUUAUGACAAGUGGUGGGGACAAUUUUCCCAUAGUAUUUGGGAUAUAUGGUUUUUCAAUCGUACCUAAUCCCCUGGGGUAUCAAUAGAAAUAUUGCUAUCAUACUAGUAUUGUUUUAUGUCUUUAAAAAAAUUAAAGUACAAUUUUUGAAAGAAAGUUUCUUAACUCUUAAGAGUAUCGGAGCAAAUGGAAGUGGUCUCUGGCCUAUUGAUGAUGCCCAUAUAAUUUGUAUGGUUCUAUUUCAAAUAAAGUGAUUACAGAUUUUUAAACUUUUCGAAUAUUCAGUUUUCUUGUUCAUGUAAUAUCAUACAAUAUUUUGCUGAUUUUUCUUUUUCCUCUAAAAACUCAUU